ACUACGGACGGAAUUUGUUGAUACACAUCCAUUGAUGGACUUCAGCCAUGGCGUGAAGGGAAAUAAUGCUUUUUCUUUCAUGGUUUAGAAUUGUUUUUUGCUUGUCUUGUAUUAAUGGAAUUUAACCUGUCCUUUCUAGCGAAACUUGCCUUAAUUUGACGUGUGAAUUUCUUCACUUGUUUGAUUUUAGGCAGCUUUCUCCGGCUGAUCAAAGCUUAGGCUAGGUAAUUGUUAGCCUGUUAGCGCUAGCUCAACCCGCUAGUAAACAUUUGACAAGUUGUAGGGCAUUAUUCCAAGACUGAAUUAUGGAAAGUAUAUUUGACCUUCCUGUGGAAAAGCACAUAUUUUAUGCUGUGCUUGGAUUUUCAUGGACGGUGUAUCUAUGGGAGGCAUAUCUUGCUUACAGACAGAGGAAGAUGUACAGACUGACCACACAUGUGCCACAAGAACUUGGGAAGAUAAUGGAUUCAGAAACGUUUGAGAAGUCUCGUCUUUACCAAUUGGAUAAAAGCAACUUCAGCUUUUGGUCUGGUCUGUAUUCUGAGACUGAAGGAACGCUCAUUUUGCUUUUUGGAGGAAUCCCUUUUUUGUGGGACAUUGCUGGCUCUUUCACUGCCCACUUUGGUUUUGGCCCUGAGUAUGAGAUUACCCAGUCACUUGUGUUUCUGACACUUGCGACACUGUUCAGUGCUGUAACGGGACUUCCCUGGAGCUUAUAUAACACAUUUGUCAUUGAGGAGAAACAUGGCUUUAACCAGCAGACGCUGGGCUUCUUUUUCAAGGAUGCUGUGAAGAAAUUUUUUGUUACCCAGUGUAUUCUACUUCCUGUAACCUCACUUCUUUUGUACAUCAUCAAGAUUGGUGGAGACUACUUUUUUAUUUAUGCCUGGCUAUUUACCUUAGGUGUUUCUCUGAUCCUUGUAACCAUUUAUGCUGAUUACAUUGCUCCUCUGUUUGACAAAUUUACUCCACUACCUGAGGGGGAGCUGAAGAAUGACAUUGAGUCUAUGGCCAAAAGUAUUAGCUUUCCUCUUACCAAAGUCUAUGUAGUUGAAGGUUCCAAGCGGUCGUCCCAUAGCAACGCAUAUUUUUAUGGCUUUUUCAAGAACAAACGUAUUGUUCUGUUUGACACACUGCUGGAGGACUACUCGCCCCUCAAUAAAACUGGAGAAUCUGAGACUCCCCAACCAGAAUGUAAUGAGGAAGACACAAAAUUGAAGCCCAAGAACAAAAAACAGGGCUGCAACAACCCAGAGAUCUUGGCUGUUCUGGGUCAUGAACUUGGUCACUGGAAGCUGGGUCACACUGUCAAAAAUAUUGUUAUCAGUCAGAUGAAUUCCUUCUUGUGCUUCUCCUUGUUUGCUGUCUUGAUUGGACGAAAGGAACUGUUUGUAGCUUUUGGCUUCACUCACAGUCAACCCACACUAAUAGGCUUGAUGAUUAUCUUCCAAUUCAUCUUUUCUCCUUACAAUGAGCUCCUGUCCUUCUGCUUGACUGUGCUUAGUCGCAGAUUUGAGUUUCAGGCAGAUGCCUUUGCUCGCAACAUGGGUAAAGCCUCUGAGCUCUAUUCAGCUCUUAUCAAGCUGAACAAGGACAACCUGGGCUUCCCUGUGGCUGACUGGUUGUUCUCCAUGUGGCAUUAUUCUCACCCUCCGCUCUUGGAGCGCCUCAGGGCUUUGGGCAGCGGCAAACAGGACUGACAUGUUCAGAGGGGAGAGCGGCGCCCGUUGCCUCCCCCAAAAGGCCUCCGUAGACCGCUCCUCACCAUCUGAUGCGCCCUACUCCUUUUUUGCUUUUAUUCUAUUGACUUAACCACAUGCACCAUUGUGUUCUCCUUUAGACAUCAACAAACCAGUAUAUGGACAGUAUAAGUCCUGGAACAAUAUAUUGUUUGGUGAUGACUAAUUCAAAAGAGCAUUUCUUUGUUCUGGGCAAUGUGUCUGUACUGAACAUUUGUUCAAAUACUGUCUAUAAAACAAUUCAGUUCUUUGAAAAAAGUAUACUUUUUAAAUUUUACUUAGAACUUUUGUAAUUCCUUCAUUUAUUUGGACAGAUGUUUUGCCUUCUAGUGUAACUGCUCUAAUCACACAAACACUUUUUCAAACUUCACCUGACCACUUUCUACCAAAUGAGAGUGCCUCCCAAAUCUGUGAUACUGAAGCCUUUAUCAACAGAGCAAUGUUUUAUGUACUUAUGGUAAAUAUGGCUAGUUUUCCUUUUACAAACAGCGGGAAGAGAUGUUGUGUUACUUACAUUGUUUUUAUGUGCUUUAUAAGAGUCCAGUUAUACAUGUAUAUGUUGCUGAGGAAUAAUUUAAAAUGUUAAAGACAUUCUGAAAAGUCAUGUUUGUUUUGGGGUGAAGACAGGAUUGUUUGAGAAGGAGAUUGUUGUUGUUUUUUUUUCAGCAAUAAACUGCUGAUAAAUAUA